AAUUAAAAAAAUAACAGUCGAUUCGGGGGUAGAUAUUAUAACUGCGUUUUUUAAAUAAAAACACAGCAAGACUGAGAGCAGCUGAUCGUCUCAAAGGAAACGUGUCGUGUUUUUCUAUAAAAAGAUUUUGAAUUUUAAUCGUAUGUUGUGAAAGAAGAGAAUGAAACAAAAAUGUUUAUAAAAAAAAGUUCAUGCCAAAGUUUAAGGAAAGUUACAUCAUUCUACAGGAUUGGAAAACAAGCAUAGCUACCACAGAAGCAUAAAGAAUGGUAAGACAGUUUCACAUGAAUCUUAGAAAAGCAUGGAAGAUAUUAUUGAAAAUAUCAGCUUUUUACGGUUUGCUUGUGGUAUUUCUCAUCAUUUACUGGGGUUCUUUUGCAUUCGAAAGCAAAAAAGUCGAAACGAAAAGAUAUGCCUUAAGCAGUGACGAAACAUCAAUAAGCGAACCAAAUCGAAUCAAGGUGAAUAUUGCCAGUAAAAGACGAUACGAAUCGAAAAAUCACCGAGAUCAAAAAUCAUUUCGUAAAAGAUACAAGCAUUCAAACAAGGACACAACAUUUGAAAAGCUUAUAUUCAAUCACUCAAAAUCGAAGAAGAAAAAGUUGAAGAAGACAUUGAAUAGCUUAGUUACCACUAAUCUUUUAAAAACUGAAAUACCAAAUCAAUCGCAUGUUUUUGUUGCAAAAAGAAAUUUCAGACAAUCAACAUCAAAUCAACAGCAAAUUAAAAAGAGAAAACCAACUCGUUCAGUACUAUACAAUACUUUAACAGGUGACUUAACAGAUCAUUCGUAUCUUGAUGUUACGAAAAAAACUCAUGUCCAAAAGUCAAAAUUAAAACACAAGAAAAGAAAAUUGAAGAGAAAGCCAACUCGCUUAGUACAAUACAAUACUUCAACGAGAGACUUAACGAAUCAUUCGUAUAUUGAUUUUACGAAAAAACCUCAUGUCCAAAAGUCAAAAUUAAAACACAAGAAAAGAAAAUUGAAGAGAAAGCCAACUCGUUCAGUACAAUACAAUACUUCAACAAGUGAUUUAACGAAUCAUUCGUAUAAUAAUGUUACGAAAAAACCUUAUGUCCAAAAAUCGAAAUUAAAACACAAAAAAGUAAAAUAUAAGAAAAAGCCAACUCGUUCAGUAACAUACAAUACUUCAGUAAUCAACUUAACAAACCAAUCGACUGAUCUUACGAACAAAAAUCACAAUGAGAAAAAGUUUGUAAAUUUUAAUUCAACUGUAAAUUAUACAGCUCGAAAUAAGUAUCGGGUAGCAAAGAAAAGCAAGUUUAAAACUACAGAACGCACGACUUCAAUUUCGGAUAAAAAUUGGGGAUAUCCAAAAGCAACAGCAGACAAAUUAAGUUCCUUCGAGUCUGAUGACUAUAGUUAUUUUUCUGAAAAUUAUUGGAAAAAUCAUAUCAAAACACAACUAGAGUACGUACAAGAUGUUGACGGUUUGCGCGCGAAAAAUCUUGAGCCGAACAAAAAAUUAGUUUUGUUGUGGUCUUUUCUGUGGCAUGAUGUUGAAUGGACAGAUAUUCCGAUAGAAAAGGUUAAUGAAAUUACUGAAGAGUUUCAAUGCCCUGUUCGAAACUGCGUAUUUACGUAUAACAAACGUCUCUUUAAUAAAAGCGAUGCAGUGGUUUUUCACAUUCCAGAUGAAAAAGACACAGAAUUUUUAAUAAAUCUAAAUAAAUAUGGCGGACGAAGCAACGAACAACGAUGGGUGUUUUUUACUUCAGAAAGUUCAAAUUCAGUGAAUACACCUGACUUGGCUGAUUUGGACGGGUUAUUUAACGUCACAAUGACGUACGACACAAGAAGUGAUAUUUACUUGCCGUAUGGAAAAUAUCGUGGGCUGAAACGUUUAGAAAAAAGGCCGGCGUACAACACAAAUUACGCGAAAGGUAAAAAGAAUGCUGCCGUGUGGUUUGUAAGCAACUGUGGUAUGUACCAAAGAAACGCACUUGCUCGAGAAAUCGAGAAAUAUAUCAAAGUUUAUGUGGGUGGCAAUUGUCAAAGUGAUUUUCAAAACAAUGUCUUUUGUGAAAAAGCAGAUGGAAAUUCCAACGUUAACGAAUGCAGUGAAAUAAUAAGUCAAUAUAAGUUCCACUUGUCUUUUGAAAGUCGUUUUUGUGAUGAUUACGUAACAGAAAAAUAUUGGGAUAAUGCCAUCGCUAAUGGGGUGGUGCCUCUUGUGCUAGGAGGGGCAAAUUAUGCUGACCCCAGAGUAGCUAUACCUGGGUCUUAUAUCGACAUUCAAAAGUUUAAAAAUGUGAAAGAACUUGGAGAACAUUUACAAAUGUUGACAAAAUCUGACAAAGAGUACAACAAGUAUUUCAAAUGGAAGCAGAAAUAUAAACUUAUACAACGAGAUGAAUGGCCGUAUUCACGCGAGUGGUUGUGUGAAAUGUGUGACAAGUUAAACAAUAAUGGCUUCAGAAAGCAGAGUUAUAAUUUAUCUGAAUGGUGGGGGAAAGAAAACAGGUGCGAUGGAGUUCGCAGUAAAGUGAGCGAUCAAAUGUUCGACACCUAUUGGGCCGAAUUUCGUCAAAAUUAUAACGUGUCGGAUGAAGAUUUAGAAUACUUCUCAAAUGAUGACGGAAGUCCUCAGUAUCGAAUGAUAGAAAAUGUAUACAGAUCUUCUUAUAGCUUAGAUAAUCAUAAAACUAUUCAAUAUAAUUCAGUUGAGUGGAUUGACUAAAUGAUGUAACAUAUUUUUGUGUGUAACUCCAACGAUAAAAUUUAUCAACACGAA